AUGGCAAUGAUGACACCACCAAUUCAGCCGUCCAUUAUUCUUCCGUCUGUCAAGCACAUUCUUUCUCCGACACAUUCCGUAACGACUUCAAGUUCACAGAAUCCACUUCACAUUGAAAGAUAUUCAACGACAACAAUUCCAACUUUUUCCUCGAUAAAUACCCAGGAUACUUCUUAUCCGUCAUCACAUAUUCCUUCACCAGUUUCUUCGCAUAAACCCCCUGAUAAUACAGGCUCUCCGAAUAAUUAUCAUUAUUAUCAGCCAUCGCCAUUUUCUACUCCUUAUCAAUCAAUAUCGAAUACAAAUGUUAACACUUCACCAAUAACUCCCGCGCAUCCUACGCCCCGUCGCCCUACACAAUCGCCGCCUCAACUAUCUGCGUCCUCGCCAUCUGUUUCAUCAUCAACCAUGUAUCCUUCUCAACCAUCUCCAUCCAAGAUGAUCUAUGGCAAUAGCAAUUCACCUUUAUCAUCCGGAUCAAAAUCAUCGUUUAAACAAGACAUAGGUUCAUCAUCCAAGCAACCACCACCACAAGAUGAUAAUGGUAACAACUCUUCCUCACGUUCAUUUCCACAUCAGAGAAACAAUACCUCGCAAUCCAUUAUUUCAGAACCAUUUGUCACCGUGACUCCGGAACUUAAUAAUCGACCUCCAAGACGAAGGCGUCGUCCUCCUUAUUCAUAUUCAUCUCUUAUUGCACAAGCAAUCCUUGAUUCCCCGGAACGACGAUUGACUCUACGAGAAGUCUAUCAGUGGAUUAUGGAGAGGUAUCCGCAAUUAUACAAGGCUGAUGAUACUGGCUGGCAGAAUACCAUUCGUCACAAUUUAUCGUUAAAUAAAUGCUUCAAGAAAGUACCCAGAUCUGACACUGAUUUAGUAGGACAUACAACUACUAACUCUAGCACGACAAAUACUUCAUCAACCGGUAAAGGUAAAGGAGGCUAUUGGACAAUUGACCCCGAAUAUAUGUCUGCAUAUCAUGAUGGAGUUUUUGCCAGGGGUGGUGUUCAAAAACGAAGACCAGGCGAAGGAAGCUCAUCAAUUCAUGGGGUAUCAAACGCAGCUGAUGAUGAUAGUUGUGGAAGUGAUUCAGCUCCCGGUGAUAGUAUGGCUGGUAGACUUGUGGAAAUAACAACUAAUGGCAUAAAUUCUAUGAUUGGAUUUUCACAAAAUAAUAGUAAUGAACAAUUCGUAUUUCGAAUCGGUCUAACAGAUGUAAAUAAACAUUCAAUCCCGACUCCACCUUAUAUUGGAAAUGGUAAUGAUUCAUCUAUCGUUACUACUUCUCCUAUGAUAAAAACAGAAGAAUCAAAUUUUGAUUCUUCCCUUCAAAAAAGAUUAUUAUCAUCACCGGAAUCAUGUCUAUCUUUUAAAUCUAAUAAAAGAAGAAAGAGUAAUGAAACAAACGAUGAGAUAAUAAAGGAUCGAUCAAAUCAAUCUCCUCUUCUGUAUUAUCCGCGAUCACCACACCAUCAACAUUUGCAUCCAGACGCAUCAUCCUCAGUUACACGUAAUUCUGCGUGUAGUCUUAAUUAUCGCGGACAUCUUGAAGAUAAAAUGCCGUUUUCAUUGUCUGCACCCUCAUCCUCAACAACAAUAAAUCCAUCAAUAAAGAUUCGCGAUUUAUUGAAUUAA